UACAUAGUUGUCAGAGAUAUAUUGCUAUACAAAAUGGUCAGUGGGUUGGAUUAUUUUAAUAUGAUAUUUAAAUCAUGUGUAUCACAAAUUUUCGACAAAUUUGUACAAUGCUCAACUCGAAAAAAAAAAGUUUAACAUCGCCACCGUGCGGCGUGUUUAAAACAUUACACAUAUCCCGUUCGUUAGAUGGAUUUCACGUACGGGAAGUCGGAUGGGGAAAAUCAGCUGGAAUCCGCGGAAAUCACCAACCGGACUAUUUUCCUUUUACAAAGCUAGCUAGGCAUCUGUCAAUUUCUAUUUUCCCUCAUUCCGUUUUGCUCUCAAACCGCCAAACUGGCGAUGUCAGAGUCUUACGAUUUUCUGUUCAAAUUCCUGGUGAUUGGGAAUGCUGGAACAGGCAAAUCCUGUCUGCUGCACCAGUUCAUAGAGAAGAGAUUUAAGGAUGAAUCAAACCACACAAUCGGAGUGGAAUUUGGUUCUAAGAUCAUCAGUGUUGUCAACAAAACAGUGAAACUGCAGAUCUGGGACACUGCAGGACAGGAACGGUUCAGGUCUGUAACCAGGAGCUACUAUAGAGGAGCAGCAGGAGCCCUGCUGGUCUAUGAUAUCACCAGUCGGGAAACAUACAAUGCUCUGACCACAUGGUUGAGUGAUGCCAGGAUGCUGGCCAGUCAAAACAUAGUCAUCAUCCUAUGUGGGAACAAGAAGGACCUGGAUGCUGACAGAGAGGUCACCUUCCUGGAGGCUUCACGCUUUGCUCAAGAGAACGAGCUGAUGUUCUUAGAGACAAGUGCUCUAACAGGGGAAAAUGUUGAAGAGGCCUUUGUCCAGUGUGCUCGAAAAAUCCUGAACAAGAUAGAGUCAGACCUUACCUCUCUUUUAAAGGGGAACUGGAUCCAGAGCGAAUGGGCUCAGGUAUCCAAUAUGGAGACGCUGCAUUACGACAACUUCGUUCUCCCCGUCGUGCUCAGCCACAGGGCACCCAGGAGUGUGGUUGCUAGUGGACAUCCUGUAACAUACAUACUCAAGCAUUGCGGUUUAUGCUGCCUGUGUCUAUGUGAACAUUGAAGACAGGUUUGUGAAGACCAGAAGAAGAACAGCCAUGGAGGACCCAACAAUGUUAGGUUCAGGUUGCUACGCUGGUAACCCUUCCCUGACCUUUGCACUGACCCUUCAGAGCCUUUGUUGUCAUUUCUGCAUGUGCAGUGCUGAGACCUCCUGGCCCCGCCCCUCCUCAGAGCUCAGAAAUCUCCAAGGUAACCACUGACAGCCCACCUUCCAACAUCCUGCUGUUCUAUUGGACCAAACCCUCCCCAACCAUCCAACCAGAAUGUUUAUUGACAUGCUUAUCCAGCAUUUUUCCUUCACACCUGCUCACCCACAGUCUCAGACUUUAAUCCACUUCUUGCUGUUCCACCCUGACACAGCUCACAUGAAUAUUCUACAUUUUCUUCCUGCUUUUUGUGUUGAACUUAAGUUAAAUAUAAUUGGUUAAUUGUUUCAGCUAAAAGGUGUCAGUGGGUGGAUUUUAAACCUUUGGAGUGACUGAGCUGACUUCCUGCUCUUCCUCUUCUUGCUUGAUGGUGUGCAAAGUGAAUGAAUUUUUCAUCCCAAUAGCAGAAAAUCAGAUCUGUUUAAUUGUCGAGCAGUACCUUUAACUGCAUACUACUCCCUCAUAGAACACUUCUUUUACCAUCCAUUUGCUCUGAUUAGUUUUUAACUUUCCUUCCUACCUGAUUAAAACACACCACUAACAGUUUACAGACCAGGCUUUUUCUGUCUUUUCAUAACUUAUUUAUCUUCUAAUAAUAGUUCCUCUUAGCUGUAUGCCCACUAAAUUCCCCCUCAUCACCAAAUCUUACCCUCUUUCCCCCAAUUCCUGCCCUCCUUGCAUUGUGUAAAUUCCCUGGUCUCUCUCCUCCCCUCCUAUCCCCCCCGCAGCAUCUUUUACACUGUACAGUGUUUCUGUAUAUACAGACUAACGCAUGUUUUCUGAAGCAGAAUAUCAGAGGGUUUAAUUAUGAAGAGAUAUUACAUGUAUAUUAAAAUAAAUAUCAUAUUAAGCAUAUGUUUCAUGCUCCACUGUAUAAUCAGGAUAUUCAGCUCCAAUACACUGGUAACUUGUUUGGUAAAUGGGAGAAAUCGGUGUAGAUCUUUUGAAUAAGGCAGCGUGAGAUAUUAUGAGCUGUCACUGUGUUUUUCUGUUUGUUGAAAUCAUUGGUUUGUCAGUGGUUGGCCAGUUGUGAAUUCACAAUGGUACACCCAGAUGUCACCAUUGAGAUAAAUGGUAAUGUAUGGUACCAGUCAAAGGUUUCUACAAAAUCUCACAUUAAAUGUAAUGGAGACGUGUCCAAACUUUUAACUGGUAGUGUCUGUUGCAUCUUCAUACAAAGGAUUCAGUUUAGUAGAAAUGACUGUUGUGUGACUUGAAAGUUGUUUACAUGAGUAUCUGUCUGACUCCUGCCAGCUGUGGGGUAAUACUAACCAAUCACAUUUCAAGUUUUGGUGUCAGUAUGAAAAUUAUCUGAUGUGUGCUUUUUUUAUUAUUUCUUUUCUCAUCUCUUGUUUGAAGACAUUGUUGUUGAUUUACUCUGGAAGUCUUUGCAGAUUUUAAACCAGAGUUCUGACAUUUCAUUUAUGCUUUUCAUUUAUUUAAAAAAAACAACAAAACAUUUUAUUGGUUGAACAUUUCUCUUAAAUUAUACACAUUUCAAACAAAAGAAACAUUUCACAUUAAGAGAGCUUCAGGUAUCUUGAGAUCUGAUGCUGGUUUUUGUCUUGUUUAUGUUGUCACGUUUUUUGUUUAUAUUUGUGUACUUCAUUUUUUUCUUGUCAUUACGAAUAUCAUAGAUUUUUAAUUUAUUAUGUAUAAUAAAAGGCAUAUGUUUUUGA